AUGGAAAUUUCAGAUCAAAAGGAAUUAACUGAUUAUUUGAGUCAUGCUUUAGAUGAAGAAUCGCAUCAAAUUUUUGGUGAAAUUUUAAAGAGUGUUACUAUCGUUCCUUACGAAAUCCUGGUGGAUGCAAUCUGGAAUGAAAAUGUAGAAAUUGUUAAACUUAUCAAAAAUCAUAGUCAUGAAACAAAACCUUCUGAUGCAUAUGAAGUUCAAAGAAAUGAAUAUACAACAACACCAUUACUUUUCAAAUUAAUCACCAACUUCGACGAAGAUAUCGCAAAUAUUAUUAAAGAUGAUAUAGAAGAUUUCAACAUAAAAAUUCAAAAUGGAAUGAGUGCAUUGCAUUAUCUGAUUUAUAUGUAUGAUUAUAACCCACGAAUUGUUGGCGAUUUUACACCAGAAAAACCAGUUUUGUUCUAUAUGAAAAAAAUUGCGAACAUCGAAAAAGCUAUUGAGUUUCUUAUGAAAUCAGGUUUCAAUAUUGAUAUUGAAGAUGAUAAUAAAAGGACUCCACUUAUUUAUGCAUGCUUUUAUCAUCUUACAAACUAUAAUGCUGAUUUGAUUAAAACAAUCCUUCACUUUAAACCAGAUGUCAAUAAAGUUGAUAUUUAUAAUAAUACUGCUCUAUCCUAUGCUAAAUAUUACGAAAGUUCCUCUGUUAGAAAAUUACUCCUCAUUCAUAAUGCAAAUGAUGUUGAUUUCUCUCAUGUGCCUGGAAUUUCAGAUUACGAUGAAUCAGAUGAUGACAUAUAUUAUAUUGAUGAUAGUGAUGAAGAUUCGUAUUGGCAUGAUUAUUAA